CCUUUUGCACGCAUAUAUCAGGCGUUCUCCUUGCCAACAGGACCAAUUCUGGCGCCCCUCUCUCGCGGGUUCAUAACAGUGUCAGCUCAAGCUUUCUCCACGCCUCAAGACACUUUCUAGCAAAGUGAAGUUCUCGCAACCAACAUGCGACGACCUGCACCUACCUUGGGCCUGCUGGCUCUGGUGCAACUGGUGGCUGCCCAGGAAGAAUGCCUCAGCCUGACGAGCAACUUUCCAGAGUGUGCCUUCUCGUGCAUUACCUCGGCCGGGUCGGCCGUGGGAUGUACUGUCUCAACUGACCUUGCCUGCCGCUGCACGCCCGAGUCAUCGCAGGCCAUUGUCCAGGCGGCCCUUACAUGCGUCGUUUCUGGCUGCCCACCAAGCGAGGUGAACAAUGUCAUCGCUGCUGGAAACUCUGUAUGCGCCUGCGUAGCCACCGCCACGCCGGAGCCUCCAGAGACCACCCCAACAGACAUCUCCAUGACCACGGCCACAUCUACUCCUGAAGAAACUCCCACAUCUACGACUGGGGAUGACACCACCGUGGAGCCGCCCCCCACCACGAGCACCGGAGAGCAGUCGGUCACCACGACGCCUCCCCCCGAGGUCACCUGCGGUCCAGACUCCCCUUGCCAAGAGAGCGCCGACGCCGUGCCUGACUGUGCCAAAUCAUGCAUCAACUCGGCCGCGGUCACCGAGGCUGGCUGUCGCGAGGGCGACUACGGGUGCUCGUGCGCGUCCCAGUCCGUCAUCCAGCCCGCCGCCCAGGGUUGUGUGAUUGACGGGUGCGGGCUUUCCGGUGCCAUCGAGGUCGUGUCAUCCGUGGCUGCCUUGUGCGACUGCGUCGAGGCCAGCCCGACUGAACCGUGCGAUGGGAACGAACCGACAGCGACGUCGACAUCGACAUCUAGUGGAGGUGGUGAUGAAGGCGAUGAUGAGACCACUACGACAACCACCCCCCCUGACACGGAGACCAUGCAGCCUCCGCCAGAGACAACCUGUGAGGGAGGGACUACAUCAGACUGUGGUCCGGUGGCCUCGACAGCCAUCCCCGAGUGUGCCCAAGCCUGCUUCACAAGUGCCGCCCCUGGUGUGGGUUGCGGUGUUGAUGACUUUGGCUGCCAAUGCGAAGAGGAAGCCCAGGCAUCGCUGUCACAGCUGCUGAUCCCAUGUGUGGCCACGGCAUGCGAUUCGGGUGAUUUGCCUGCUGUGAUCACAGGCGCGGCCUCGGUCUGCGCGUGCGCUACGGCGCCGCCCUCGGGAGGGGAUUGCCCAACGACGACCGACGACGAGCCGCUUCCCACCACCACUGGCGGUGAUGACAAUGGCGAUGGCGGUGAUGGUGGCGAUGAUAGCGCGACUACGACCUGCGCCGAGGCCACAACGCCUGACUGUGGCCCCGUUGCCACUUCUGUCAUCCCAGAGUGUGCCCAGUCAUGCUUCACCCAGGGCGCGCCUGAUGUCGGCUGCGAUGUCGAGGACUAUGGCUGCCAGUGCGAGCCCGACGCGCUUGCUUCGCUAUCGGCCAUCCUCGUCCCUUGCGUGGCCACGGCCUGCCCACCCGCGUCCAUCCCCUUGGUCAUUGAGGGCGCCAGCUCCGUGUGCGACUGCGCCCUGGCUGGCCCGACGGGCGGCUGCCCUGGCAAUGGGGGCAACGGCGAGCCCACCACGGAGCCGCCAUCGCCUACCAAGACCAGCGACGAUGGCGCCCCCGAGCCGACGACCUGUGCGCCUGGCACGCCUGCUGACUGCGGUGCUGUAGCCACGUCGGCGGUGCCCGACUGCGCGCAGCCCUGCUUCACGUCCGCAGCUCCCGGCGUUGGCUGCGACGCAGACGACUACGGCUGCCAGUGCGAGCCUGACACCCGGGCGAGUCUGAGCCAGCUGCUCAUCCCCUGCGUGGCGACUGCUUGCGACUCUGGUGACCUGCAGGCCGUCAUCACCGGCGCCGAGUCGGUGUGCGCGUGCGCGACGGCGACGCCGGAUGCUACCGGCGGAGACUGUCCGGCGCCCACAGGAGGCAACGGGGAUGCUGGCGGCGAUGAUGGUUCCGCGGGUGGAGGGGAUGACGGCAAUGGAGGAAGCGGUCAUGACGAUGGCGACGGCAGUGAUGGCGGGAGUGGCGGCAACAAUGGUGGCAGUGGAGGUAACGAUGGCGGCAGUGGGAGCAAUGAUGGCGGCAGUGGAGGUAACGAUGGCGACGGCGGCAAUGGAGGAGACGGUGGCAGCGACGGUGGCAGCGACGGCGGCAGCAGUGGAGAUGCUGGAGAUGCUGGAGAUGGUGGUUCUGGUUCUGAUUCUGGUUCUGGUGAUGAUGGCGCGGGCUCGCCCGUGGUUCCUCCAUCGAGCGGCGCACGCCUCGAGAUGGGCAUUGUCGCUGGUGUCUUUGGCGCCGCCUGGCUUGUGGCCGUGGCGCUUUGAGUUUGGCGAGAUCUCUUGCUGCUUGCUGAUGGACAGAGAUGAGGAAAUGCUGUCUGUCACUAUUUUUUCUUUCAACUCCGCCCUCCACUUGUCCGAUUUCUUAGCGAAACAAGGGCGAACGAGGUGGACCCUCGCUCGGUGACUAA